ACCCACUUUUGACCCGGAAGUACUCUUAAGGGCGACGAUAGUGUAUAUGGUUGAGAAAGGGCAGCGUGAACAUAGAGCUAGAAUAUGAGCCACGCGGUUUGUCUGAAUUCAGUUUAGCUUUGGCUAUGGAGGUGCCUUUUAACUUACCUUUUCAAAGUCUACGGCCGCGACAAGCACAGGCUCGUCUCUGCACAAAGAGCCACAUCGAGGACACUAGCAGUCGAGCACCUCCUCCUGGUGGGAGCGUCAUAGUGCAACUCAAAUGUCAAGGAAACAGGACUACAAGCCAGUCUGACUGAUGAAAAGCAAUUGCCUUGUAUUUCUCUCAGUCUGGGAAUACUGUUUUCCACCUGUAAUGACUAAUAGGUUUGAGAAAUCCACACAUCUCAUUGAGUCUGUGCAACUUAACUAGGAGCGCUUGUUCAGUGCCUCAAGUCCCCGCUUUUGAUGGACAAAAUGGCAAGUGAGGAAGGAAACACAUCAGGACUGGCUCUCCCAAACCAAGGAAAGCUUGAGCAGGAAUUCAGAAUGGAGGAGCAGAAGCUUGCAGACUCUGAACCAAGGAACGAUAUGGAAAAUGGCCUUUGGGCUGUCUGUGUGGGGAGUUGUGGGGAUUUUGAGGAAACAACCAUUUUGGAAGAGGUUAAGCAGGAACCUCCUAAGCGGCUACAGGAAUGCUGGGAAGCUCAGCUACAGGAGUUUCUGAAAAGAGCUGAAUUGCCCCAUUCAGAAUGGAGACACCCACAAUUGCCGGGGACUGCACCCAGUGAAGAGCCUGGAGCUGUGGAGUUGAAGCAGUUCCUGCCAGGCCUCAGCAAAGGGGCCCAACAGACUGAUGGCAAACCGUCAGACAAAACUGAAGCGAACUGUAAGAGGGCAAAAGAGAAGAACCUGGAGGAAGACACUGACAUCUUGGAUGCAGAGGCAGGGCGCCAAUAUUUCAGGAGGUUUGUCUACCGGGAAGCCAACGGCCCCCGAGAGGCUUGCAGGCAGCUCUGGCAGCUUUGCCAUCAAUGGCUGAAGCCAGAAAGGCACACAAAGGAGCAGAUCUUGGAGCUAGUGAUUCUGGAGCAGUUUCUGACUAUCCUCCCUCGAGAACUGCAGAAAUGGGUGUGGGAUGGUGGACCACAGACCUGUUCCCAAGCAGUGUCCCUGGCAGAGGAUUUCCUGCAGCAGCAGGUACCAGGAUCAUUUGACGUGGUAGCUGAACAUUUUCCAGAGGGAGAGGGGGCUCCAUCAGACACUUGGCAGGAGCCACUCUUCAGAGAGAUCAAACAGGAGGUUAACUGUGACACUGGCUCUCUGGGAGAGGGUGGGCAGUGCCGUGCAGAGGAGCAAAACCAGACAGAAUAUCCUAGGGAUAAGGAACCAUGUUGGAUGCUGCCAGGAAGAGUCCAACAAAAUAUUUCUGGCUGCUCUGAUCAGGAAGAAACAUUUGAACAACAGCCAGAAAGCUUUCCAGAGAAGGAAAAGAACAACCACCUUCAGGGUGAGCUUUUUACUCAUGAAAUUGUCCAGAUAGGAAGAAAGCAGUAUACUUGCUCUUUCUGUGAAAAAAGCUGUAGCCAGCGGUCGACUCUCACUGUACAUGAAAGGACACAUACUGGGGAGAGGCCCUAUGAAUGCCCAGCCUGUGGGAAAGGCUUCAGCCAUUGCUCAAAUCUCAUUGCCCACAGAACAGUCCACACAGGAGGUCGUCCAUAUAAAUGCUCAGACUGUGGGGACACUUUCCGGCAUGGGUCGCACCUCAUUGCACACAGGAGGAUUCACACGGGCGAGAGGCCACACAAAUGCUCAGAAUGCGGGAAAAGCUUCAAUCAGAGGUCAGCUCUCAUUGUGCAUGAGCGAACUCACACAGGGGAGAGGCCGUACAAAUGCUUGGACUGCGGGAAAAGCUUUAACCAGAGGUCCAUUCUAAUUGCACAUGAGAGGACUCACACUGGCGAAAGGCCAUUUAAAUGCUCAGACUGUGGGAAGGGCUUUAAGCAGCUUUCAGCUGUGACGGCGCACACCCGUAGCCACACCGGGGAGAGGCCGUACAGCUGCUUGGACUGCGGGAAAAGCUUUACUCGCAGCUCACUCCUUGUUAAGCACAGGAGGACGCAUACGGGAGAGAAACCCUAUGAAUGCACAAACUGUGCGAAAUGCUUCCGUCAGCGGUCGCAACUAGUUAGCCACGAAAGAACCCAUGUUAAUGUUUAGAGUGUGGAGGAAGCAUGAGCUACAACCCAAAUCUUAGCACAGUGGAGGAAACCUGGAAAGCAGUGCUGGCCAACAUUUUUGGCAAAUAUGCUAGAAACCACGUCCUCAGCAAGAGUUAAGCCUUCUCCAAGCAUUUAAAAAGCACAUGAAGGCUCAAAUGAGCUAGUGCAGCUGUAACCAACAUGGCACCCUCCAGAUGUUUGGGGAUUCCAAUUCCUGUCAGCCAGCAGGUCCAAUGGUCAGGGAUGAUAGGACCCAAAGCCUAGUAACCUCUGGAGGUCACCACAUUGCCUACCACUGGGCUACAGGUUGCACAUUCAAGUGCUGUCCCCACGUCCACCUGGCCUGACUGUGAAGGGGAAUUCCCACCGCAUUCCAUUUUAUUUGUUUAGAUUCUUUCAUAGACUAUCCUUUGCACAAGCCACAGGGCUAUUUACAACAAAAUCGAGUAAGAUUUUUUAAAACCGUAACAUUCAUAGGGGAAGAAAACAAUCCUUAAACCAGGCGUAGGGAACUUUUGGCCAGAUAUGGCCGAACUACCAAUUCUUUCAGCCCCAGCAAGCAAGGCAUGAUGGAAGUUAUAGUCUCAAUGACAACUCAAAACAACUCGCUGUAUUAGCAGCAACGGUCUCUUCUCCAAAUACCUGCCCCAAAAGUGCAUCUUAACCAGCUGAAGGCAGUAAGAAUCAACCUUGCAGUCAGUGUUCCUGAUCAAAGAGAGGAUUCUAACUGCGUUUUGCUGAAUGCAAUAUAAAUCUUCCUUCAGACCUUUGUGGGGGGGAAAGGGGGCAGGGA